AAUGUUUGCAACUCAGAGACAGACCAACUACGAGAUCAAACUUUACCUGUCACUGUAAAACCCACAGAGACAUGUAACUCAAGAUGAACAUGACUACAAAGCUGUGUAAGAUCUCUUAAGAAUCCUUCCAGGAUUGCAUGAUGAAAAAGCAAAAAAGGCUGGGAAAGUUAAUGCUUCAGGCACGAUUUAAUUCAAGUCAAAUAUAAAGUCUCUUCCUCAAAACAACUUUGCAGAUUGACGGACAAUUGUCCGUCUGAAAUUUAUCCCGUUCGUGACACCAGUCCUGCAACAUGUCUGACACAUAUUGUGUGUGAUUUAUUCCCAACUCUGGUAUUUAACAUCUGACGUUUUUGCAAGUUAUUAUUGAAUCGAGGCAACAAAAACAUUCAGAUGCUGGUCAACCAUCAGCUCCUGCAAUUAGUCAUGCACACUCUUGACCCACAUUUGGUGGAAAGGCAACCGGGAAGUUGUAAAAAGUCAGCCUGGAAAGCAACACAAAUUGAGCUUCUUGUUAUGCUCAGGGGAUUGAAGUGUCUUCUUGCGUGGUCGCACAGUUAAAUCUCCCUUCCAUCCCUCUUUCUUAGAUGAAAAUAAAAGGUUUAUAGUCAGGGUCAGACGGGCUAAUCGGCUGUCUUGCAAUCUAAUGUCAGCGUGUCUCUUUCGGAUAAGCUCUGACAACUGCUCUGACUUACUGUGCUCCCUUUUUUUUUUGGUUCUCCAUAUUUCAACGCCAAAAAUGCUCACUGUAAACAAAGGACAUUGUGCAUCACAGCACGUGUUAAAGAUUACAACUGUCCCCUCCUCCUGGUGCCUACAGCUUCUUGCUGUUGUCGACUAUUGGAGCUACCAGCUGACCUACUUUCUCCCUCGCAGCCGCUCGCUGCUGUUUACAAGUCCCGCCGAGAGAAUAGUGGACCUCGCGGCCCGCGAAAGCGAACGCACGCGAAAGUGGAUGAUUAUUAUCAUUAUUUUUAAAUUCCCUUUCUUUCUCGGCGUGGCGGAGGAGAAACUAGCCGAGCCGGAACCUGUCAACGGCCGGCCUUUUGCAAUAAAUGCACCUUAUUAACUCGUUAUGCAAUUUAACGCGUUCGAUGCCAGGUUCUCGCGCACAGAGAGCUGCGCAAUCCUUGCCACCUUUUAGUUUGCGACGGAUAAAAACACUAUGAGCGCAGUGGUCCUGUUUUAUAGGCGUGGGUGUGCGUUUUCUACCGGACUUCCUUUUUGUGCAAGAAUUCGGCCUUUGUUCGGCUGCCGGAGCACAUUCGUUUUGUGUGAAGGCGCGCUCAGAUGAGGUUUGCACGGAUGAGACUAGAGAAAGGGCCUGGAUGGGAAAGAGCGUGAGUAUGGACAACCUUUUGGACUUUGGAGGCCCCUGUCCUUCCAGCCGCAGAGACUGGGAUUCCAGCAGCUGCAUGGAUGAUUUGAUGGAUGAAGAUGAGAAAGACAGGGCAAAAAGGGCAUCCCGAAACAAAUCAGAAAAGAAAAGAAGAGACCAGUUCAAUGUGCUUAUCAAGGAGCUAUGCACCAUGCUGCAGGGCCAAGGCCAUCCUCGCAAGAUGGACAAGUCCACCAUACUACAAAGAACCAUCGACUUCUUACAGAAACAAAAAGACAUCAGUGCUCAGAAUGAAACGUGUGACGUGAGACAAGACUGGAAGCCUUCAUUCCUCAGCAACGAGGAGUUCACCCAGCUCAUGCUCGAGGCACUGGAUGGUUUCUUGAUCGCGUUAACUACAGAUGGAAACAUCAUAUACGUGUCGGAUAGUGUGUCUUCACUUAUUGGACACUUGCCGUCAGAUAUGGUGGACCAAAAUAUCUUAAAUUUCCUCCCGGAGCUAGAACACGGAGAGGUGUAUAAGCUGCUAUCAUCCCACAUGCUGAUGACUGACCCCAUUGCUGCUGACUUCCUGACCAGUGAGGCACAUGUGGAAUUUUGCUGUCACCUUGCCCGAGGUAACAUCGAUCCAAAAGAGCCGCCUGUGUACGAGUAUGUCAAGUUUGUCGGAGAUUUCAAGUUUCAUAACAAUGUGCCUACGUCCUCUUGUAAUGAGGUUGAAUUGACGUUACCAAGAAGCCUGCAGACGUCGCUGGAGGAGCAGGCCUGCCUCAUUGCCACUGUGCGAUUAGUCACGCCGCAGUUUCUCAAGGAUUUGUGCAAUGUGGAUGAUCCUUGCGAUGAAUUCACGUCCAGACACAGUCUCGAAUGGAAGUUUCUGUUUUUAGAUCACAGAGCUUCUCCAAUCAUCGGAUAUUUACCCUUUGAAGUUCUUGGAACAUCAGGCUACGAUUACUAUCAUGUGGAUGACUUGGAGCUUAUAGCUCAAUGUCACAAGCAACUAAUGCAGUUUGGAAAGGGUAAAUCCUGCUAUUAUCGCUUUCUGACGAAGGGUCAGCAGUGGAUUUGGUUGCGGACGCACUCCUACAUUACUUAUCAUCAAUGGAACUCCAAACCUGAGUUCAUCGUGUGUACUCACACUGUUGUCAGUUAUGCUGAAGUACGAGCUGAAAGGAGGCGAGCUUUUGGCCUUGAGGAGUUGUCUCCUCCUGAGAUAGCUCCCUCCUCUGUGAAGGCCCAAGAGUUAUACUUGGACAUGUGCUCCACACUGGAUCCGCCACCGGACAGAAACAGCGGUGCACGUUCGGUCUCCUCCCACAGCUCUCGGAAAUCCUCCCACACAGCACUGUCAGACUCCGCGUCAGCAAACUCGUACACAGACACCUGCACACCAUCAUGGCAGUUGACUUCUAUUGGGACUGAGAGGACACCUGCCAGACUCCAAGUUAGUCGUUCAAAGAAUUCAAUCCAAAGACAAAAUUCGUUUGACCUGGUGCCCCAAAUGAGCCUCCCUAUUUCUCCUGCAUGCAGCAAGAACACAGCGAUGCAACAGCAAACGCACCAACAGUCGUCCAUGUUUCAGCUGCAGCAGCCUCAGCUGGGUGUCAUGAACCAGCUGAAGGAGCAACUAGAGGAAAGGACACGCAUCCUGCAGGCCGACAUAAAGACGCAGCAGCAGGAGCUGCAUGACAUCAAGGAGAAGCUUCACCUCGCUAAUCUUCAGAUGUUGCUACAACAGCCUAUCCACAAUGAAAUUGGCCAACAGCCGUCGCAGCAGCAGCAGCCGCAACAACCGCCGCAGCAGCAGCAGGGCCCGGGCAGGCCAGCCUCACAGAGCCAAUCAGGGGUCAUCAGGCAGCUCGCAGGCCACCCGAAGCCACCGUCCUGCGGUGCUCACAGUACGUCCCCUCACUCGCUUCUGAGAGAGAACAGCUCGCCCUCGACGCAGGUCCCACAGAGGAUAUCUCGAAGCGGUCAGGUGCAGUCAGUGAGUUUGCCAGUGCAGACCAACACGAGUCUGACCAUGCCCCUCUACAGCAACCCCAUGAUGUUUUCUCAGACCAACACGAGGCCUCUACAUGACGCAAACCAAAGACACGCGAACAAUGACUUCAGCCAAGAUGGACAACUCCGGAUGCUCCUGAACCAGCCAAUGCAGACACUGGUCCCCACGAGCAGUGGGUCCACGCAGUCCUCCCAGCAGUGCAACAUGGGCAUUCCCCAGACCAUAUAUACCUUAGAGCAGCAGAUCAUCACACCCUCGUUCCCCAUGCAACAGGUCAACUGCAACGCCGUGCUUGUGCCCUCUCAGGUGUUCACGUCGCCUAUAAUGAUCCCACACAACAGCUUCAUCUCCCACCAGUCGCAACAAAGCUAUCAGGCUCAGCCUCAGGCCUCCCAGCACUCCCUGCAUCUGCAGCAGCCCCAGCAGUUCUUUCAGAUGACUCAAGGACUUGUGCACAGCGGAUCCACUCCAGCAUUCUUACACACUGCCAACAUCCCACAACAGGGCACUGUGGGAUACAUCCAGCAGCAGCAGCAGCCGCAAACACAACAGCAACAGCCACAACAAAGACAAUACCAACAUUCCCAAAACCAGAAUGCUAAUGUUUCAGACUUGAGGAAUAUGCUAACGCGGUAGCACUGUGGAACUUGCAAGAGGACCGAGCUCUGCGGCCACAGUUGCUGUCGUUGGAAGUCAAAAUUGGCGUCGAGGCGGAAAACUGAUGAGAGCGCCUGAACAUUUGAUGUGAAGCUGCUCGCCUCCACGAAAAAGUGCCGGAGUAAAACGGCAACGGGAAAAGGACCUGAGGAAUGUGAUGAUGAGAGACGGGGCCUUUCAUCACCAGCCUGCAACACACUCAGCUGUCAUUGAAACAAGUGAAUUUAUCACCGCUGUCACAAGGACGCCACUUUCAUUUCUCAAGUGUCUGUUUGCACUUUUGGUACCAAGCCCCACCCAAGAAGAGGAUACAGUAUUUAUUUUUGCCUAUACGUUUAAUGUUAUAAAUGUUCCCUCUAAGCAGUGGCGUCACGGUGAUCUUAUUUUCCUGACAACCCCCUUCGGUGAAAUGCAGAGCAUUGCUUUUAAUUUUCCAUUUUGAUGAGUUGGAUGUCACUAAAUAUUUCAAACACGCACCCAGAUUUUGUUUGAAUGAAGAAGGGCUUCUUUAACAGCCGUUUCUUAACACGACUCCUCUGAUGAGCCCUGUAGCAGCACCCCUCCACUUGUUUCACAAUUAAAUGGAGGCGGGUGGGUUGUCCAAUGUGCCUUUUAACCAUACUUACUAGUACCAUGGUGCAGUUCCAAUGUUGUGUCUGACUACGGCUUUAAAAAUCCUGCUCAGGUCCAUUUGGAAUAAAAAGUUUAUUUUCAUUAAUGGUCAUUUAUAUAUAUAUAUUUUUGCCCACAUUAGAUUGAAAAGAAUUUAUGGUUAGAUUUGUAUCGGAGAUUAAAUAGAUAGAUCUAUGUAUAUUGGAUGCCUUUUUCAACCUUAACUUGCCCCCAUCAAACAACUGAAGCACUAGCAGCAAUGAUAUUCUCAUUAUUUUAUUAAAUAAUUUAUUUGCAGAAUACAUUUGUUGUAAAACAGACAUGGGAUUAAGAAAGCAGUUUUGUAUGUUGAGAUUAUGAUUCAUGUUGAUGUUCAUGCAGGAAUUGAUGGGUCACCACUUGUUUUAAAGUCUUACACCCACCUCAUUGCAUUUCAUUGAGAAAAUCCACUCACAAAGAAAGACGAGAACAGACUGGUGUGCCGUCUAAAAACAGUCAAUUCGUUAUGAACUAUACGCUGCAAUACACAGAGUUGACUCUGAAGCCAAAUGCUGAAAUUCAAUAAUUAUCGGAAAUAUACAAGUGUAUGUGUGUAAAAUGCAUUUUUCACUCCAAUCAAUUAGGAUAACAAAUGAUACAAAUAGGUGUGCCUUUACAAAGAUAAUCAUGCUCUAUUCUACUUAUGAAUAGUUAAUUGAAGACCAAGUUAUCACCAGUUCUGUUUGAGGUUCCAUCUCACCCCCGACUCUAAUGAGGACAAGUGCUAAAGAAAGCGGACGGAUGGACAUCAAAUGUAGUGUACUCAUUUAGCCUAGUGGUAUGUUGAUAUUGUGCUUUACGAGUUACUAUCUUUGUAAAGGCUCCCCGCUUGCUACAGCUUCACUUAUUGGAUUGUGCAAGUGUAACUUGUGAGUCACGAGUGAAAAACUGUUUACAAAAGUAUACGACAGGCUAGUGAGUGUAUAUGCAUAAUGUUAGCAUAUCACAGCUAAGCUGGACAUUUGAACUGCUGCUCACUACCCCAAAAUCAAACAGUUUAUUUUAUUCCUCAUGAGUAUUUCUGUCAUUAUUAUUUAUGACGGAAGCCUCUUUGCAGCACGCUCACUUGCCUGUCAGCUUUUUCCCCAGAGUUCUCAUUGUUUCCAUUUGAGUACAUGUUUUUUCUGCAGCGGUUGAGAACCACGGAGGAAGAAAACAAGCCCAGUAGCUACUUUUUGACUUAUGUGCAAUGUCCCUUUGAGAAUGUUAAUUUAUGCUGUAUAUUUACAAUGUUUCACUACAUGUGUGUAAAGAUGUGUACAUUACGCCACUAAUGGUACUGUGUAAAUUAUAUUUUUCUAACUUACCCUGACAUUCCUCCAGGCAGAGAACACAAUUAUUCCUUUCACAAUGAUUACAGCUUUGAGACUUGGGAAUGUGGUACAGCUUUUGAUUUUGAUGGCCGGGCAGGUUACAACAUCUUGUGCUUGACCCGUGACAUUCUGUUUUUUAAAGUUAAGCAGUGCCAUGCCAUCACGUGAUACAUUUGUUACGAUAUACAUGUCCUUAGGCAUAAUGACAUUUACCCUAAAGCUGUUGCUCAUCUAUCAUGAAGAUGGGGAGUUGAGGUUUUCACGUGUGGACCUUUGAGUCCACAUAUUUGUCUUGCAUCGAUAUUAAAUAAAACAUCUCACUUGUGACUGACUCAUAAAAGAGUCGACGCAGUGAAGUUAAACCUCCAUAAGAAUUUGCUUUAUCAAAUGAAAUGGCGUCCCUUUUCCCCCUGAAAUCUAGAUGCAAACGUUUACGCCCCCAAUCGGUGCAGUUUACGAGAAUAUUUGGCUCUAAAUGAGUGCGGUUUCAAAAACCAUCCCCUCACUUUCAGCUUCAUGGGCUUUUUCCAUUCAGUGUCAAUGGUUUUUGAAGGUUUUGAUUUUUCAAGUGACACUUUCCAUUUGUAUGUGAGAAAAUGAAGGCCAGCGGCUAAGGAACACAAACCUGCUACACAGCCAUUGCUGCCACUUCCGUGCAGAAAAGACAGUGAAUAUAUUGUAUAUUAGAAUGUACAAAAAAACACUAGAUGAUAUAGUUUAUUUUCUAUGUCUAAUAGAAUGCAUAUGUAUGUUACAUGAUUUUAAAAUUAAAGUAAUUUUGUAACAGAUAAUGAAGUGUCUUAUUAGUGGAGAUGAGGCUUUGUUGUGUUGAUGUUGCUCAGUCACUUUUAUGUACUUUUUCUGCCCAUGUAUUUACCAUUGAAAUAAGCUUUAAAAAUAUUGUUGAAAAUAUAAUAACAAAUUGAGUUUACAAACUAAAAUAUCUUGGUAUUAAUUAUGUUAUAUUGAAUUAUUUAUAAAUCAAUCUGGUUUGUGAAAUAUUUGGAAAUAAAUAUUUUCAAUCAUA